AUGCAGGAUGCAGCCUUCUCGACGGGCGUGUCAAUUCAAUAUCCAAAGAUUCAAGCUGCAAAGACUUCAAAGCAUCAGAAUGAAAGAGCGGAUUCUCCAUUUCCAUUUCCAACGGACACAAAAGUUUCAUCAGAGCGUGAGGAUCGAAUUGAUACGAAAGCUUAUAGCAUGUGUCAAGAACUUGCAUACCAUUUUGUGUGUAAAAUGACACGCGAUGCUGUGCAAGAUAUACUGCAGAAAAGCAAUGACACAAGCUACAACCAAGUAUUAACAUUUUUGCAGACAUUCUGUACACAAAAUGCGUCGAUGACAGCAGCAAACGACUCAAUGAUAGAAUUGUCGCCGUCUGGUCGUCAACAAAAUGAUUCUAAUACACCUGUGAUACAAUUUCCAGCGUUUCACGGAUACCCUACAGCUUCAAUUAUUGCUGGAACUGAUGCAACAUCGAGUGAUCUAUGGAUGAAACCACUUAUGCACAAGCUGCAACGAACAUUUCCUCUAUGUAUCAUAUUACCACGAGAUGUAGCAACAGCAAGACGACUUAUUGAGUGGCUUGCUGCGAGACUGGCAUUAUUGAUUGCUGCAAAGCAGCAAGAAGAAAAAUGGCUUGAGGAAGUUGUUGAAACGUUUGAUAUGUUGCCACCAAAGCUUUUGGUUAAGAAACCCAUUAGACGGAUGACAAGGCAUCAUGACGCUAUGAAAGAAAAUAAAGAAAGUGACAUGAGUGAUGAAAAUUUUAUCUCAAGUACGGAAUCAGAGCAAAGUGAUACUGACUGUGCAUAUGCUUCAAAGAAAAAGAGAAAAAAGCAACGUCGUGCUGCUCCUGUGGCGUAUGGCCGAUGGACAAUGUCAAAAUUAUUGGUAACAAUACAAAAUCACAUCAAUGAAUUACUCGCCUCAAAUUGUGGAGACACGAGUCGUGAAUAUAUAGCAAUGAUAGAAGAACUGGUACAAACUCGCCUUGAUGAAGUAUUGUCUCUCGCACGAAAGAGUCGCGACAACGAAGACGAGAUAAUAAUUCAGAUUAUUACAUGCUUUGAUGCAGCACUUUCGUGGCUACAGACAAAACUCACGUUGUGUCGAAACACAGCGGUCAAGCUGCUAAAUGUAGCGUCUGAAUCCAAAUUUUCGACUUCAAUUUACAUCGGCAGCACCGAAAUGGCAUUGGCGCUUAUUCUCCAGCGUGUACUUUGUCAAUAUACGUCUUUUUUGGAUGAUUGCAAGAUAAAUGCACCAAUAUUAAUUGAUCGACGAAAAUUAGUCAAGAAAGAGUUAAUCAAGCACAGAAAUUACUAUUCGUUCAGUGAUGAGGGACCACCGCCAAUCAUGUCAAAGUUUUCUUUUCAGCCAUUCCUCGUUUUAUGUAUCGAACAGCUUGAAGUCUUCUCACAGCAAGUAUUCGGCGAUUUUCUUGAAAUCUGGACCCAUUUUGUUCGACACCAUCACGAUAGGCACCCUAAUAAUGCUACAAAUUGCACUCUCGGAUUUGUUAUUGGAGUUGCGUCUGCAACAUCUCCAGCACUCCGACGUUUAAAUCUUUCAAUCACAAACUGUUUGGAAUUGCAAUUUUUUUCGCUCGUGGAUUCACGCAAGUGCUUUGACGAUAUCCUUGAAUCACUUGUUGUCAACGCGAAGUUGCCACUUACACUCAGCGGCGAUGUGUUACAAGCAAUAGCGCGUCGCCAUCGUAUUUUGCCCAGUGUACCUCGUCUCUUGCUUGCUUUACGAUUAUUGCUUUUCACGCACUUUCGAAGCUAUCCAUGGAGUUUUUUAGCACUUGCUGUUGAUAUUGUUGCAUCUGCAGGCGAGUCUCCGAUACUAUUUGCUGCCGAAAUGACACAUUUACCUUCUCGAGUAUCAAUUUGGCUGAAGCGACAACGUUCACGUGUAUUUCGUAAAACAGAAGAAAAUGGAACGAGUCUAGAGUCGAAUCUUCUUUCAUGGCUCACUUUUUGUAGUGAUUUCGAGCUGUCUGACUUGUCGACAAGAGUGUUUUCCUCCGACAUUGUAGAUACAGCGAAAAAUUGGACGAAAGUAUUGGAGUUGGCGCUAGAGUCGGAACGUCGACGACGACGUCGUUGGCGAUUGGGGUGGGAAUGUUUUCGCACCGCUUGUUCUUGGUUAGAUGUGCGUCGUGAUGGUAAAGAUGGUGAAGAUGUGGUCGUUAUGCAUUUGGCUUUAGCGCUUGAUGGUCGAUUAGGAGAAACGCCAAUAUUUACGGAGAUUGUUCGACGUAUUCAGACGUGUCGAUGGGUUGUAACAAUAGGACUGAUUCAGCAAUGGAAAAAUUUAUGGAGUGUCUUUGGAUCCUCUGAAGAUGAAAUAGUAGAAAAUACGCUCAGCGAAUUGGCAACAUUGUGUGCAUAUGCACGAAGCGAAAAGACUCGUUCUGAAAUGCUGAAAGCAUUGCGAAAUGAAAUUGUAACAGUAUUUAAAACGCGUCUUGUCAUUGCAUUGCUGCAGCCGCGUACGCCAGAUAAGAUGUCAAAAGCGGAGUUGUUGGUCUCGUCGUGGUCAGUUCUCAAAGACGCCAGUGUAUUGGAAGAUCGAUUGCGUUUUGAGUAUCAUGAUCAUCUUCGCAAUGUACUACAAGAAGCUGGUAUUGGGGAUCAAAUUGCCAAUUCAAAGUGUGAGUCAUCGUGGGUACAUGACAUUGGUUUAGCCUUUCUGUUUUACCAAGAAAGUGCAAGUGCGAGUCUGAGUCUUUGUGAAUGGUACGAGAGUUUCUCAUUUGAGUUAGAGCAAGAGUCGAACUCGAAAGCAGAUACGAGUACAAAGAAGCAAAAACUCACAAGGUUUCGAGACAAUCCAGCAAUCAAAGCUCGCUUUGUUCGUGCAGUAUGUACUUUACGGCAUUGGGGAUUUCUCAAGAAUGAUGCUCCUCGUGAUUUGGAGCAAGAUAUAAUUGAAAAGCUUGUCUUUAUCUAA